UUCAGUUUGCUUGCGACCGUUACAACUGCCAGUUGAUUCGAAGCGGAGCGAUUCGUGGAUCCGUUGUCAUCGUGUCGUCGUCGUUUUGUCGUUGUUGAUUUCCGUUUUGUGCAUGCAGAUAAAGCCAGGUCUUGACUCAAUUCUCGACUAGGCCCAAAAAAAUCGAAAUCAAAACCCCGAAGUCGGCUAAUGGAAAAUAAACAAACAAACAAAGCUCAAAUUUUGUUUGCCGCGCAUUGAAAAAAAAUCUAAAACCUUGCCAGCAAAUCUUGGUGUUAAUAAAAUGAGUAUUACCUAAAAAAGAAAAACAAAUAUAUUUAUCAGUGCGGUUAUAAAAUAUAAAAAGCUUCAACAAAUAGUUGAAGAAAGUCAACUAAAAAGUGAAAAAGAAAAGAAAAGAAAACCAAACAAAACAAAUAUAUUUGGUGCGAGAGAGCAUUAAAGUGAUUUUCUCAGCGUGUGUCUUGGGAUAAGCGAAAAAGCCAGCAAAAUUUACUGCUUUGGGAACUCCGCUUUCAACAUAAACACCAACACCAAUACCAAUACCCAAACAGAUACCGGCAGCAUCAUCAACCCCCCAAGCGGCAUCAACAACACCAACACCACCACCCACCUCCAGAUUCAGCACCACCCCCAAAACAGUGCGAGAAUGCUGUUCGAGAAUCCGGCGGUUGCGGCCAAGUUGCCCUUUCCGUACAACGUGCCUCCGCCUCUGCAGGCAGCGGCGGCAGCAGCGGCGGCUGUCCCAAAUCUAAGGUUUCAGACACCCAUUAAAGCGUUUGCCUGCCUGACAGCAGCCACAAGGUCAGUAUCGGAGAUGAACGCCACUUCUCUAUAUGCCGGCAAUCCCAUGGAGAACGCGGCAGCAGCAGCCGCCGCCGCAGCAGCGGGCUUAAUAGAUCCGCACCACAACCGGGACUUGCACCAGGCUUUGGUGGCUUCGAUAGCUAACAAUGGUGUGGCCGCAAUUGGCGGUGGUUUGACCACAGCAGCGGUCUUGAAAAGUGCCGCACAGCAAUCACAGCAGGCCGUGGUGCAACAACAGACUCAAAACUCGGUGGUUGUAUCCGCUGGACAAGAUCAGCCCAAGCAGGAGCAGGCCCAACAGGCGGCACUGGCUCUACUGAAGGAGAAUGUAAAUGCAUCCGCCGGAGCGGGACAAAACAAUGGCCAACCGGCUAUGGGUGGCAGUAACAAGAGCGGUUCCUCUGGCCGUUCCACACCGAGUUUGAGCGGAGGCAGUGGUUCCGAUCCAGCACCCGGAAAACUCUUUGUCGGCGGACUCAGCUGGCAGACGUCGUCCGACAAACUCAAGGAAUACUUUAACAUGUUCGGCACCGUCACCGACGUCCUCAUCAUGAAGGAUCCCGUCACCCAGCGUAGUCGCGGCUUUGGUUUCAUCACAUUCCAAGAACCCUGCACCGUGGAGAAGGUCCUCAAGGUGCCAAUUCACACACUCGAUGGCAAGAAGAUCGAUCCCAAGCAUGCCACUCCAAAGAACAGACCUCGCCAGGCCAACAAGACCAAGAAGAUCUUCGUCGGCGGCGUCUCGCAAGACACCUCCGCCGAGGAGGUUAAAGCCUACUUCAGCCAGUUUGGACCCGUCGAGGAGACGGUCAUGCUGAUGGACCAGCAGACGAAGCGUCAUCGUGGCUUUGGAUUUGUGACCUUUGAGAACGAGGAUGUGGUCGAUCGUGUCUGUGAGAUUCACUUCCACACUAUCAAGAACAAGAAAGUUGAAUGCAAGAAGGCACAGCCAAAGGAAGCUGUGACCCCGGCUGCUCAGCUUCUCCAGAAGCGUAUUAUGCUGGGUACAUUGGGUGUUCAAUUGCCCACCGCUCCUGGUCAGCUACUUGGAGCUCGUGGUGCCGGCGUAGCCGCUAUGAACCCCUUGGCUAUGCUUCAGAAUCCCACACAGCUGCUGCAAUCGCCGGCAGCAGCCGCCGCAGCUCAGCAGGCCGCCCUCAUAUCACAGAAUCCGUUUCAAGUACAAAAUGCCGCCGCGGCUGCCUCGAUGGCCAAUCAGGCGGGCUUCGGCAAGCUGUUGACCACAUAUCCGCAAACUGCCUUGCACAGCGUCAGGUAUGCACCCUACUCGAUCCCCGCCAGCGCCGCCACUGCCAACGCCGCCUUGAUGCAGGCCCAUCAGGCGCAGAGCGUGGCCGCCGCUGCCCAUCAUCAACAGCAACAGCAGCAACAUCACCACCAGCAACAGACCCACAACGCCCAUGUGGCCGCCGCCCAACAGCAGCAACAGAGCCACCACAGCGCCGUCUCGAAUCCCGCUUCGCAGGCGCAUUCGGCGGCAGCGGCUGCGGCUUUGGCGGCCAAUGCCGCGAAUGGUGCAGGUGCCGCUGGAGCCCACAGCCUGGCAGCUGCUGCCCAGCAAGCUGGACUAAUGGCCGGUAAUCCCCUGAAUGCGGCUGCUGCUGCUGCCGCCGCCGCUGCGAAUCCAGCUGCUGCCUACUCCAACUAUGCUCUGGCCAAUGUGGAUAUGUCAAGCUUCCAGGGCGUCGAUUGGAGCACCAUGUAUGGCAUGGGCAUGUACGUCUAAGACGCGGGUUUUGUUUGGUAAUUUGAAUGAAACACUCAUCACACACCAUACACCACCACUACCACCACCCCUAGUUGUAGUUCCCCAUACAAAAUCCACAUGGCCCUCGCCCAUCCAUAAAUAUUCAUAGAACCACACACAACAAACACAAACACUCAUACGAAGUUGGUUUUCCUUUGAGUUUGGCUUAGUUAGUAGUCCGAUACACGGAAGGCAAAUUAAGUAUUAUAUUUAAGGCGCCCUCGAGAGGGCGAGUUCAAUAAAUACUAACUAAUAUACACAUAUAUAUAUAUAUAAAUCAUAAGCAAUAUAAGCAACAAACAAAAAGAAAAGAAAGCAAAGCAAAAUCAAGGAAAAACAAAAUUCAAAACCAAAAAGCAAAAAUUACGGAGCGUUAGAAAAGCAAAAAAAAAAGAAAGGAAAACACAUUAAAAAACCACCGAUUGUGAUUGCGUUUAAAUGUAGCCGUUAAUAUAUAAUUUUUAGUGCAUAAAAACAAAACCAUUAAACCUAAACCUAAAUUAAAAUAAACAUAAAUAAAAAAAAAAAAAAAACUAAAAGUAAAUAUAAAAACAUAUUUAUAAAAAGCAAGAGAGCAAGAGCAAGAAAUGAAUCUUAUAAGUUAACUUAACGCUCGUUUUAACCACAAAUGGCGCUCACUAAAUGAAAAUCGAAGAAUUGUUUAUUUUUCGGAGCCCGAAACUCAAUUGAAAUUUUAAUGAGAAACUCCUGCAAGGGCAGUAUUAAUUAAUUGAAAGAAAAGAAAACUGCAAGAAAGAAAACAUUUUGCUCAAGACAAAGAGUUAUUUGAUUAAUUAAUGUUUAAACCCAGCUAACCGACUAGGAAGCGAUCAAAAACUAUUAUGUUAGAGGUUUAGUUGAGUUCGAAUUUAAUUCACCCAGCAUAGAUUACAACAACAGAGUUAAAAAGCAAUCACUCACCAACUUAACACCACCUACCAAACUCAUACUCUCCUACUUUAUACUAUCUCCCCCUAACUCUGUUAUUUGUACUUAAUAAUAUAAAUAUUACAAAAUUACCACAACGAACAAAACAAAAUUUCUGUUGUGUUUUAUAUGUGUGCGACGACUCUUAUUUGAAUUAGUUUUAGACUUAGUUUAGUCUCCACUGAACAAUCUCAACCAUUUUGUAGCAAGUAACUCUGAAUAACAUUUGUUGAAUAUUUUUUGGCAUUUGCAUAUUAUUAUUAUUAUUAUGAUUUCGAUUUAUAGAAAGUUCUCUCUAGAGUAGCAGCUUUGUUUAUAGUUCUUAAGUUCAUAUGAAAAUCAAAUGAGAACUAGGGCACACACACACACUACUAAUCCCUUAGAUUUUCCAUCCUCCUUUUUCCCACAACUCGUAUAUCAUUUAGCAUAACCAUCCAGAAACCAACUCAUAAACCAGGUAACAUUACUUUAUUGUAGCUUAUUGUUUUAAAAUGGCACAAUCUUAGUUCUUAAUAUUAUAUUUUGUAAUUACCGUUAUCUGUAGCAUUUGCAUUUGAUUUUGCAUUCGACAAAUACUUCACCCAUUAAAAA